GAAGAAAGAAAGGUCAAAUUUCAAAUUCUAGGGCGAACUCCCUUUUUCACCCAUUUCGAUUCCCAAUUCAGAGAGAGAGAGAGAGAGAGAGAGAGAGAGAGAUCCUUCAAAAUUUUCAAUUCGUCAAGCAAUCCGAUCGUCGUUGACCGACGUUGUCUUAUCCCUCUCCGAUUUGACCCUUUUUCCGACAGCUUCCCAUUAAAACCAAUAUCCUGAAGAAGGCUAACCUGUGGUACCUAGGACACUUCAAACAUCUGCACUUGGACCGCCAAAUGGGACUUUGUGCUAGUAAGUCCGAAACCAAAGACGAUGAGUCUGAGCAUCAUGUCGAGUUUGCCACCGGAAAUGUGCAGCUCAUCACAACCAAAGAAGCUUGGGAGCAAAAGUUGGAAGAAGCUAAUAAGGAUGGCAAAAUUGUGAUAGCGAACUUCAGUGCAUGGUGGUGUGGUCCUUGCAAGGUGGUUGCUCCAUUCUACAGCGAAUUGUCGGAGAAAUAUCCGUCUUUGAUGUUCCUAGUAGUCGAUGUUGAUGAAUUAACUGACUUCAGCACCACUUGGGAUAUCAAAGCUACUCCUACCUUUUUCUUCCUCAAAGAAGGACAGCAAAUCGACAAGCUCGUCGGGGCGAAUAAACCCGAACUAGAGCUGAAAGUCACUGCUUUAGCGGAUUCUCUUCCUCCCAAUCAAGUAUGACUUCUGGUAAAUAUCAUUAUGAACCCUGCAAGUAUCUUCCUUGUAUUGUGGAUUUAUGGUGUUUUUCCCCUUUGUAUAAUGCUACGCCCUCUUAUUAAGUGUAGACAUGUGAGGUUGGCUAUGAGUAAUAUUUAUUUUUAACUCAUUGGAACUCUUGUAAAGCUUUAGGCUUUUAAUAAUUCUUCCCCUUUGCAAAGAAAAAAAAAAUGGAUGGAUCAUUUGAAUCCUUUUCUGUGACUUUACUUGUUCGGGAUCUGUUUUAUAGGUCGUAUAAUUGUGUCCUUGAGUUUCAAGUUUUUGAUGGUGUUCAUAUUGAAGUUUUCAUUUAAACU